AUGAGAUCUAUUGCAAAAAAUAAUUAUUAUUGUGAAUUGGUAGAAAUGCUUAUUCAAGCAGAAAAAGAAUCAGUGACUGAUAUUAUAACUAGGAUUAAAGAUUAUAUAAGUCAGUUUGGCAUUGCUAAUAAUCUGAAUGUAAUGCAAUACUUAUUGAGAGACAUACAUGG